AUGCCUGGAAUCACUGUCAAGGACGUCAACGCUCACCAAUUCAUCAAGGCUUACUCUGCCUACUUGAAGCGUACUGGCAAGCUCGAGAUCCCCAAGUGGGUUGAUAUUGUCAAGACCGGUACCCACAAGGAAUUGGCUCCCUAUGAUUCCGAUUGGUUCUUUGUCCGUGCUGCCUCUGUUGCCCGCCACAUUUACAUUCGCAAGAACGUUGGUGUUGGUGCCUUGAAGAAGGUUCAUGGUGGCCGUAUCAACCGUGGCUCUCGUCCUUCCCACCACGUUGAUGCCUCUGGUGCUAUCAACCGCCGUGUUCUUCAGGCUCUUGAGAAGAUUGGUGUCCUUGAACAGGAUAAGAAGGGUGGUCGCCGUAUCACUCAAGAUGGUCAACGUGAUUUGGAUCGUAUUGCCAUGACUCUUGUUGACGAGGAAGACGAUGAGUAA